GCCGCCGCCGCCUCCCGUCCGCGCAGCCAUGGAGUCCUCCAUUUUCGCCUUGCUGCCUGUCUACACCACACUGAGCCACCUGCCAAGCUUCCUCGAAGCUGCCUCUGCCACCAUCAGAGCCCGGCGUGUGCCCUGCAGCCAUGUCUCUCCUGGCGACCCUGGGGCUGGAGCUGGACAGGGCCCUGCUCCCAGCUAGCGGGCUGGGAUGGCUCGUAGACUAUGGGAAACUCCCCCUGGCCCCUGCCCCCCUGGCUCCCUAUGAAGUCCUGGGGGGAGCCCUGGAGGGCGGGCUUCCAGGGGGAGGAGAGCCCCUGGCAGGCGACGGCUUCUCGGAUUGGAUGACGGAGCGGGUCGACUUCACGGCUCUCCUCCCCCUGGAACCCCCCCUACCCCCAGGUACCCUCCCAGCCCCGUCCCCGACACCCCCAGACCUGGAAGCCAUGGCCUCACUGCUCAAGAAGGAGCUGGAACAGAUGGAGGAUUUCUUCCUUGAGGGGCCCCUGCUGCCCCCGUCCCCACCUCCCCCCGUGCCCCCCAUGCCCACCCUGCCCCUCCCACCCCCGCUGCCCACCUUCGAGCUGCCCCAGGCCCCGACCCUGGACACCCUGGACCUGCUGGCCCUGUACUGCCGCGGUGACAGCAGCCCCGGGGAGCCCACCCUGGCCCCCCUGCCCACUCCCCAGCAGGCCCCGCCGGCCCAGCCUAGCCGUCCGGCCCCCUACCCGCACCCCUCCAGUGCCCGUGGGGACCGCAAGCAGAAGAAGCGGGACCAGAACAAGUCGGCGGCGCUGCGGUACCGCCAGAGGAAGCGGGCCGAAGGCGAGGCCCUCGAGGGGCAGUGCCAGGGCCUGGAGGCCCGCAACCGGGAGCUGCGGGAGCGGGCAGAGUCGGUGGAACGGGAGAUUCAAUAUGUGAAAGAUCUGCUCAUCGAGGUGUACAAGGCGCGGAGCCAGAGGGGCCGCAGCACCUAG